AUAUUCCAUUGAUUACAUAAAAAUGAGAAGAAAUAAAAUAUGGGUACAAUUCACAAGUUUUUAUAUGCUAUGAUCCUAUUUAUUCAUAUAACUCUUGUUGUAAGUGGAAACUUUUUUGAAUUCUUUCACAAGUGCACUCAGGACAGUGAUUGUCCAUCUCUUUUAUGUAGAAACAAGUCUGAAUUACCAAAAUGUAUUGCUGGGUUCAUGUGUCGUUGUCCUAAUGUUUAGUAGUUGCGAAAGUCAAGAGAGUGUUGCAAGGCUAUGGUGUGAUGGCUGCAUCUGAGGAAGAAGUGAAGCUUUUAGGUUCUGUGGGAAGCCCAUUUGUUAUUCGAGUUCAAAUUGCCUUGGAAUUGAAGGGUAUUGAAUACAAAUAUUCGGAAGAAAAAUUGGGUAACUUGAGUGAAACGCUUCUCAAAUACAAUCCAGUUUACAGGAUGGUUCCUGUUUUUGUUCAUAAUGGAAAUCCCAUCUCAGAGUCUCGUGUGAUUCUUGAGUACAUCGAUGAGACUUGGAAACAAAAUCCUAUCUUGCCUUCUGAUCCUUAUCAAAGAGCCUUGGCUCGUUUCUGGUCUAAGUUCAUUGAUGACAAGUGUGUGGCUGCUGCAUGGAUGUCGGUUUUUAUGCCUGAUAAGAAAGAACGCGAGAAAGCUAGUGAAGAACUAUUGAAGGCUCUACAGUUUCUUGAGAAUGAGUUAAAGGACAAAUUCUUUGGAGGACAAGAAAUCGGCUUUGUGGAUAUUGCCGCUCUCUUCAUCCCUUUAUUCCAAGAAGUAGCAGAGUUGCAGUUGUUCACAAGGGAGAAAUUUCCAAAGCUAUACAAAUGGAGUAAAGAAUUUAACAACCAUCCAAUAGUCAAGGAAAUUAUGCCUUCAAAAGAUCAACAAUUUGCAUAUUUCAAAGCUCGCGCUGAAAGCCUUGCUGCUGCAUCAAAAUAGAGUUAUUAGUUGUUUGAAUUUCAUUUCAAAUGGAAUAUAAUCUAUGAUUUCUCAUGUGUAAUAAAGAUCCUGAAGUAUUAUUGUCACUCACUAUUUUAAUCAAUGAAAGACUGUUGCAAGUUUAAAAAAAAAAAAAA